CACUAAAGGAAGCCCAUUCUUGAGGCGCCCCGAAAUCCCUCCUGGGGUCAUGCGAGCUUCCAGUCAAGGCGGUCACGAAACACGAGACACUAGAGUGUUGGCAUUCUAAGUCGCUCUAAGUCGCGCGGUUGAGCUCGUUCGUGUGUGUGUGUGUGUGUCGCGCGUGGCCCGACGGCGCGUGGCAGUGGGCGCGUGACAGAGGGCGCGUGGCAGUGGGCGUGUGACAGAGGGCGCGUGGCAGUGGGCGCGUGGCAGAGGGCGCGUGGCCCGGCGACUGGCAUUCAUGGCGUGUCUGGGGUGGACGGGCAUGGGCCCGCACGAGACCGCGCUUCGCCUCGUCUCCGAAGCGUACCGCCCGCCGCCGGACUCGCCCAUGAACGAGUUCCUGUGCUUGAGCCACGUGGCGUGUGAUCCGCUCGUGGGGCAGUCGGUGUGCGGCCCGCCUCCCAAGCUCACAGUGCUGCUGCUGGGGGACGACUCUUCUGCCAAGCGUGCCUUCCUGGAAUGGUACACGGGAGAGAGCAUUUUUGCAGCAGCGCCUACCAAGCCUUCCACAAGCGGCAGUGGUUCGGAGCCAACCAUUCGUGCGGUGACAAGUGGCAGCUGGAAGGACACUCUCACGGGCGCGGAUGCCGCUUCUGCUGUGCCUGGUGUUGCCCGUGCUCUCGACCUCGUGCCAGCUGCUCGUGACCUGCUAUCCGUGCACAUGUGCAUUUCCAAGGAUCGAUCCCUGCCCUGCAUUGACCUCGUUGACCUGCCUCUUCCCCAAUCCGUCACAUCUCCCAUUCCCCCCCUCUCAUCCUCCACCUCCUCCUCCGCAAAGCCCCCCCCUCCUACCUCCUCGUCUGCCCCUGCGGCUGUGGCUGCUGCACCAGCAGCUGCUUUACCAGAAGCUACUGCUGCGCUGGGUGCUGCUGCUGACGUGGUCAUCGUAUUCCUGAGUGUGGCGGCUGUCCGUGCACCAUCCUCCCGCUUGGCCAGCCAACUCUCCCUCCUCCUCUCUCCUUCCAACACCCAGCAGCAGCAGCAGCAGCAAGAGCAGCAGGCUGAAAGCAGCCAUGGCACCCCGCUUUCUGACCGAAUGCAUUUUGUGGCCAUCAUACCCCAGAGCAAGGCCAGCACAGAGGCAGCUGGCACAGCAGCGAAGAUUGUUGAAUACCUCCGAACCAAUGUCAAGGAGCUACACUCCCUAUCGCCCGAUCAAGUCACACUCCUCCAACCGCCAUCCACUUCCUUCCACUCCCCAGCUUCCCCUGUCGCUGCUGCUGCUGCUGGGGCUGAUGGCAAGGGGGCGGAGAAAGAGGCAGGGAAUGGGGCAGGGAAGGAAGCAGGUCCAUACACAUUCUCCUUUGUUGAGGAGAUACUUGAUAAGGCGGUGAAAGCAGCAGUCGAUCAGAGAGUUGAUCAAUUCGAGAGGGAUGUGCGGCGAGUGAAGGCAGUUAUAGACGGCAAGCUCCUGGGAUUCCAGCAGGAGCAGGGCGAGCAACGGCAGCGGUCAAAACAAGUCCAACGAGUGCUAGACACUGCAUCGUCCCUCCUGCUUCCCCUCGUCGCCCUCCUCAUCCCUCUCCUCCUCUCGCUAAUUGUCUCCCCUCCUCCUCUCCUCCGCCACUUGGCCGACAUAGCAGCGGCCAAAACAUCGCAUCCUUCGAGCUGGGAGUUCCCCCCCUACAUCCCCCCUCAAGUCGCCUCAACCAUCACCACCGGCGCCUCUCUUCUCGUAUCCGAGGCCCACCGCUUCGCAGCAACAGCGGCUACCAUUGCAUCCUCCGUCUCGCUCCCCCCCUCCCUCGCCCCCGCUGCUGACAUCCGCACCCAACUGGCUGCAACCGCCCUGCUGCUAGUAGCCUACCUGGGCUUGCGCGGCUUUGCUAGUACCCUGGAUCUAGCACCGUCAUCCACAGCUGCCUCGGACCGAAGCAAGCUACGAGUCUUCCAGGCCUUUUGCGACAUGGCUCUCGCCUUCUGUGGCGCCCGCCACCCGUAUUAGGAGGCUCUGGAUCCAACCCUGGGUCGAUGACUGCUGGGAGAGGAGGAGAUUUCAAGGCUGAAAGGUGUUCUAAGCCUUUUGGGACAUGGCUCACUCUCGCCUUUUGGGCCUUCUGUGGUACACCUGACAUCUUGCCAUGGUACCGUACCUACCCAGACUCAAGGCUGAUGUUGAGGCACAACAGUUAAAGAUGGCACCACGCGGUAGUUGCAGGGCUGACGUUUCAAAAAAAGCCACUCUGUCUCAAGAGUUAGAAGUGUUAACUAGAAUGAGAGUAUACAGGGGUAAAUAGCUAGUGGGCUGUAUUUCUAUGGUAAUCCCCUAUGUAGUUUACUAAACAUCCACAAAUAUG